AUGUGCUCACCUCUCUUCCCCCGCAGCGAGUCCCAAACGCGCUCUGGAGUCGCCCAUAACCCGAAUCAUAUUCUUCACCGCCCAGACCAGGCACACCAUCUCCACGUCUCCUCUAUGGAGAUCACCCCACAAGACAACUUCCAUCAUUACUCCACUCACGCCCCGCUUCUAUCCCCGACUUCGCCCCUCAUCUACUCAGGCAUCCCCUAUUUCUCUCACCCUCCAAUCUUCCCUCCCCACUCCACCUCUCAAAAUCUCUUCGACUCAAUAGAUGAAUCCACAGCUUCGCACCCCUUUCGAUCCGAUGGUCCCCGCUUCUCUCGUCUCUACCGCUCACCAUUCAUGACCCCUCUCUAUCUCAUCGUUCAUCGCUUCUCUCCCGCUUCCUCUCUCGAAAUCUCACCCCGCGACCACACGUCUGUCUCUCCAUCCACCUUCAUCGCAUUCGCCCCAUCGGACCGCGGCUCCUCUCGCCCGCGAACUCAUCCAGACUAUCCGCGGGAUUCACUUCGUAUAUCCACACUCACCUCCAAACUAUCUCAGACUCUCACUACCAACCCACACACCACAACAAGUCAAGAGCCAUGGAUCCAGGUCCUUUCCCUUCCCCAACUAGCUCCUACUUCGCACAUACGCCUCCCCCGCCUCACUCCCACUCGUCGCCGCACUUCCUCACAACCCAGUCCUGCAAUCUUCCCGGUCCGAGCGGCUCCCACCCCACUCUCUCAUCCCUCCUCUCGAACAGUCGUGCCUUCUCCACUCCCCUCAUUCCACAGCAUCCUCCGUCCGAGUAAAAGACUCAAGCCCCCUUUCAGCUCCUCUAAACCGCCCCCCCCCUCGGACUCUCCUGCAUCUUAUUCUGAUAUCCAACAGGCCCUCCCGACUACUUCCAUUAUCGUCAGCCCUUACUUCCGGACCUCCCCCCAUCCCCCUCUACGCACAACACUCAACCAACGUUUCCUCACAAAAAAGCCACCAUCUCUUCUCUCCCAUAUUGCUCCGGAGCCCAGCUCUCCCCCCUUACCCGCCUCGUCCUCAGAGCCUGACCCUCUCGCUCUCCUCCUCCGGAGUACUAUUACUCCAAAGCUCACCACGCCCUACAGUCCUUCGCGCAACCUUAACCUGCCAGGAAAAAUCUACGAACGCCCGAACACCAGAAUCCCCUCUCCAAGAACCAGCCCCGCAUACGGCCGUGAGGAGGCCCGAGAGCCGCGGGAGAGCCCCCCUACCACCGCCAACAUGGAGGCGGUCCCGCGGAUGCCCAUGAUCUGGCUGGAUCUGAAAGAGGCAGGGGACUUCCAGCUCAGCCCGUCUGUCAAGCAGUUCAUCCUGAAGAAUUAUGGAGAGAAUCCAGACAACUACAACGAGCAACUGAAGAAACUGGAAUCACUGAGACAGAGUGCAGUGAACGUGACCCGGGACUUUGAAGGAUGCAGUACUCUGAGGAAGUACUUUGGGCAACUGCACUACCUCCAGAGCAGAGUCCCUAUGGGCCCAGGGCAGGAGGCGGCUGUGCCCAUCUCCUGGACAGAGAUCUUUUCUGGUAAAUCUGUGACGCACGAGGACAUCAGCUACGAACAGGCCUGCAUCCUGUACAAUCUGGGGGCCCUGCACUCAAUGCUGGGGGCCAUGGACAACCGGGUCUCAGAGGAGGGGAUGAAAGUGUCCUGCACACACUUCCAGUGCUCGGCCGGAGCCUUCUCGUAUCUGCGCGACCACUUCAGCAACAACUACAGCGUGGACAUGAGUCACCAGAUCCUCAACCUCAACAUCAACCUCAUGUUGGGUCAGGCCCAGGAGUGUCUGUUGGAGAAGUCUAUGCUGGACAACAGGAAGAGCUUCCUGGUGGCUCGCAUCAGCGCUCAGGUGAGAGGGGGUGAGGGGGGCUGUGGGGGUCCGGGUGAUGUGGGGGUGAUGUGGUCAGCUGUGGGGGUCCCGGUGAUGUGGGGGGAUGUGGUCAGCUGUGGGGGUCCGGGUGAUGUGGGGGGGAUGUGGUCAGCUGUGGGGGUCCGGGGGAUGUGGUCAGCUGUGGGGGUCCGGGGGAUGUGGGGGUGA